CGAUAAACUGUAAACAAACAUUCCGAUAAACUGAUUCUAACAAACUUUCAGGAUUCACGCACCCCACAUCUUGUGUUCGUUCAGUUGUCUUGUCACCUAGAUCUACAUCAUGGCUGGGACUGUCCUGAAUUUCAACGUUGGUGUUCUUGGACAUGUGGACAGUGGGAAGACAAGUUUGUCCAAGGCUUUAAGUACUGUAGCUAGUACUGCUAGCUUUGAUAAAAAUCCCCAGAGCAAGGAGCGUGGGAUAACUCUGGAUUUAGGAUUUUCUUCCUUCAAUGUCGACGUAAACGACGACAAGAAAGAGGAACUAAAAGGAUACAGCCAGAUACAGUUCACAUUAGUUGAUUGUCCUGGUCAUGCCAGUCUAAUAAGAACUAUAAUAGGAGGUGCUCAAAUAAUCGACUUGAUGCUCCUGGUCAUUGAUGUCACAAAAGGCAUGCAGACACAAACGGCUGAGUGCUUGAUUAUCGGGGAAAUCACUUGCCACAAGAUGAUCGUUGUGUUAAAUAAACUGGAUAUGGUUGCACCAGAAAAGCAGACGGCUACCGUAGAAAAGAUGAAGAAACGCAUGUGGAAAACUUUGGAGUCCACCAAAUUUUCUGGAUGCCCUAUCAUUGCAGUUGCUGCAAAACCUGGUGGACCGGAGGCACCAGAGACGGAAGCUACGGGAGUGCAGGAACUCAUUUCCACCUUACAGCAGAGCACAUACCUUCCGGCAAGGUCUGAAGAUGGGGACUUUAUAUUCUCUGCUGACCACUGCUUCUCUAUCAGGGGUCAGGGUACAGUCAUGACGGGCACCGUUCUCAGUGGAAAAGUCAGCACGAAUGACACAGUCGAAAUUCCUUCCCUGGGAACAUCCAAAAAAGUCAAAUCCAUGCAAAUGUUCCGAAAACCAGUGGAAAAAAUCAAACAGGGCGACCGGGCUGGGAUUUGUGUGACGCAGUUUGACCCGAGUCAGCUAGAGCGAGGCCUAGUGUGCUCUGCAGGUGCACUGGUCACGGUGGAAGCAGCGAUUGUCUCCAUGCACAAGAUCGCCUACUACAAGAGUUCGGUCAGCAACAAAGCCAAGUUUCACAUCACUAUCGGCCACGAAACCGUGAUGGGCAAGAUUUCUCUCUUCUGCGCCCCGGCAGAAAGUAAAGAGGGGCAAACCGAAACGCCUGAGAAAAAGGAUUCACAGUCGGGAGCGACAAGCGCCCCCGUUUUUGACUUCUCAAAGGAAUACGAUUACUUGGAGGAACUGCUUCUGCCGGGUAAGCAGGGCACGGCGGAUUUGAACCAGGGAACAGCCAAGACGGUGGGCGAGCAGUUUGCUUUGAUAGAGUUGGAGAGACCCGUCACUUGCUCCCCUCGCUCGCUGGUGAUUGGCUCACGACUGGAUGCCGACAUCCACACCAGCGCCUGCCGCAUCGCCUUCCACGGACAGAUUCUGGUGGCCUUGACGGAUAACAAGUACAAGGAAACCAUCCUGCCCAAUGUGAAGGUGUUUAAGAUCAAGACCAGAGAGGGACAAGUGGAGAGAGCAACUGACAAGUACUCGGUCAUUGGCAAAAACCUCUUCAAAAAGGAAACCAACUUGGCCGCCUUUGCCAACCUGAAGAUAUCUCUGUCCAGCGGAGAGAGGGGCACCAUUGAGGGAGGCUUUGGGCAGAGUGGGAAGGUGAAAAUCCGCAUCCCAGAGGGUCUGAGUGAAGAGACGUAUCAACGCUACUCAGGCACCAGCAAGAAGAAAGGCAAGGGGAAGGAAGAGCCCGAGGGCACAGCGGAGGGGGCAGGCAACCCCACCGUACAAAGCGAGCCUGUGAAAAUAUUCCUGAACUUCAAGCGGUUUCUGUAUGACCCCCAGAAGGCGAUGGUUCAGACGUGAAGGUGCUGGCUGGCUGGCUGACGGCUGUGUUUUCGUAGUGUGUUUGCAGUUGGUUGUUGUUGUUGUUGGGGGAAGGGUGUGUGCAAGAGUGUGUGUAGGGGGGGUGGGUGGGAGACCAGAGGAAGCAAUAUCAGUUUUGAUGCCUCGGACUUUCCGUAUGUUUGUUGUGUGAAUAUUGGUAUGUUGUUGUUUUUUUCGGGGGGGGGGGGUUGUUGUUGUUGUUAUUGGGGAGGAUAAGUAAGUGGAAAAGAGAGUAAGUAGUUUGGGUGGGGGGAGGGGGGGGCAUGGAGAGAGACAGCAAUGAUUCAGUCAUGAUGGUGCUGAGUGAGUGGUGGCUGUUUCUUGUAUUGUAACAGUUGGUGGUAGUCUUCUUUUGCUGUGCCGGUGUGUGUGUGCGCGCAUUUGUGUGUUUGUAUGCUUGUGAUCUGGUGGGGAAAUUCUGCACCAUCAUUUUGUGUAUGCGGAUGGUUAAAGGAUGCCUCUGGUGGCUCAUCCUACUUCUGGCCUCUGGUCUUUCCUUUUGCUGUUUCUGUGUUUUCUCUUGUUAUUACUGUGAUCUCGUAUGGCCAAAUAAUCAUUUGUGUAUGCUCGUGUGUUUGGCAGGUAUUCUGGUGUGGUUUGCUUCUUCUGUCCUAUCAAACAUCUGUCGUCUUUAUCUACACUCCUUCUUUUUU